CACGUCCUGGACUACUGUCUCCUACUCGGACUGAUUGUCACACACUCAGACUAUCUAGCAAGUGGUGCAUACAAGGCGUCUGAACUGAUCCACGCAUUGGACACGUUACUCAGAAACGUAUCCCCAGACUCCCCGCUCUCAUCAUUCGCACAACGUGGUCUGAUCUUGGCUCAAGAUACUCUUUCUCGUCUGCGCAAAGCAGUUUGUCGCUGA